AUGAAAGAUUUAGGUGUGUUGAAGUAUUUUCUUGGAAUAGAGGUGAUGAGAUCGAACAAAGGGAUUGUAUUGAACCAACAAAAGUAUGCUUUGGAGUUGUUAGCUGAUCUGGGAUUAGGGGAAGCGAAGUCAGUAUGUACACCACUUGAGCAGAAUCAAAAACUUACCUUGGUUGAAUAUGAUGAGUCUGUGCAAACAAAGGUUAAUGGAGAUGAUUUAAUUGCGGAUGUUACAGUGUAUCAACGACUAUUGGGAAGAUUGUUAUAUCUGACCAAUACGCGACCAAAUAUAAUGUUUACAAUUCAGCAUUUGAGUCAGUUCAUGCAUAAACCAAAAAAAAUCACAUUUGGAGGCUGCUUCCGGGUGGUACGGUACAUAAAGAAAAAUCCUGGCCAAUGUAUUUUAUUAUCUGCAACAAGCAAACUGCAACUAAUUGCUUUUUGUGAUUCUGACUGGGCUUCGUGCCCUAUGUCUAGAAGGUCAGUGACUGGUUUGUAUGUUAAAAUUGGAGAGUCUCUUAUUUCAUGGAAAUCAAAAAAACAAACCACAGUCUCUCGAUCCUCAGCCGAAGCUGAAUAUAGAAGUAUGACAGCAGUAGUAGCAGAGGUUAUGUGGUUAAAUGAUAGUAAGGUAGCACUGCAAAUUGCAGCUAACCCUGUUUUUCAUGAACGAACUAAGCAUAUAGAGAUUGACUGUCAUUUUGUACAAGAUAAAAUCAAGGAUGGAACAAUUCAGAUGCAGCAUAUUGGAACGACUGAGCAACUUGUUGAUUGA